UAUCUAGUAUAGCUGGGUUACCAAAAUAAAAACCAGAAAUCGUGAUAAUCGGCACCGGAGUAAAAACAAUUCGAAAUUUGCUACAAGGAAAAUUAGAAUCGACAAAAAUGCCAGCCAAAGGAGGAGGAAGGAAAGGAGAGGUCAAGGAAGAGGAAAAGGCGCCUCUUCUCAGAGGUGUUUUUGUCUUUCCAAAUGGAGACAGAUAUGAGGGAGAUUAUGUGAAGACAGAUGAUGGGGCCAUAGAGCGUAAUGGCCAAGGACAACAUGUCACACCUGAGGGGCUUUGCUAUGACGGACAGUGGGCUGGUGAUAAGAUGAACGGACCAGGAAAACUGACACAACCAGAUGGAAGUGUGUACGAAGGAGAGUUUGUCGAUAAUCAGUUUCACGGCAAGGGAAGAUACAUAUUCGCCAACAACGCUAUUUUUGAUGGUAGCUUCACAGAAAAUAAGAUGGAAGGCGAUGGGCAGUUUACAGAUACGGACAAGCAAAUCUGGUUCGGUGCUUUCCACUGUAAAGCAGCUCCGGGACUCAAAUUUAAACUUUCAAUGUGAAUUGGACAUCACACUUUCAUUGUGAAUGGAACUUAAAAUUCUCUUUAUGAAAAGGACUUCAGACUAUCGAUGUGAAGAUGACACUAUACUGUAAGGAUGGAAGGGGAUGGGCAGUUUACAGUAUACAAACAAAGCAAGUCUGUUUCGGUGCUUUCCAUUUCCACUGUAAAGCGGCUCCGGAACUCUAAUGUAACCUUGCAAUGUGAAUAGGGCAUCACACUUUGCUAUAUGAAAAGAACUUCAUACUGUCUAUGCGAAAUGGAUUAGUACAAACUGCAGUUGUGAAUAUAAAGAUUAUCUGUAUGAAGAGGAUUAGAUUGGCUGACUGUCACUCUUCUCAUUGCAAGGUCUCAGGUCUUGACUCGAGCACUGCCACAAACUCUACAAGACAGUCCUUUGCAUCUAUAGAAUAAAACCCUGUUUCCAGGAAAUGAAUAGCCUUUUUCAAGUGAAAGAAUGGACAGGGUCUUUCUCGACAGGUGGUCUUUACAAUGAGUCAUUGAGAUGGCAUGCUUCUCUCAGUCGUGUCCAUGUUAAAAAA